AUGAAGACUUCCACCUACGGAAUGCUCGCUCUGGCAGCAGCAUCUAAGCUCGCCACCGCCCACACCACCGUCCAAGCCGUCUGGAUCAACGGCGAAGACCAAGGUCUCGGCAACACCGACGAUGGCUACAUCCGCUCUCCCCCCAGCAACAGCCCCGUCAAGGACGUCACCUCCACCGACAUCACCUGCAACGUGAACGGUGACCAAGCCGCCUCCAAGACCCUCUCCGUCAAGGCCGGCGACGUCGUCACCUUCGAAUGGCACCACGACAGCCGUUCCGACUCGGACGACAUCAUCGCCUCCUCCCACCUGGGCCCCGUCAUGGUCUACAUGGCCCCUACCACCAAGGGCUCCGCCGGCUCCAACUGGGUCAAGAUCGCCGAGGACGGCUACGACGACGGCACCUGGGCCGUCACCAAGUUGAUCAGCAACAAGGGCAAGCACAACAUCACCGUCCCUGAUGUUCCCGCCGGUGACUACCUCUUCCGUCCGGAGAUCAUCGCUCUCCACGAGGCCGAUCGUGAAGGUGGUGCCCAGUUCUACAUGGAAUGUGUUCAGUUCAAGGUCACUUCCGAGGGUUCUGUCGAUCUGCCCUCCGGUGUCUCCCUCCCUGGUGCUUACUCCGCCACUGACCCGGGCAUCCUCUUCAACCUGUACGGUUCUUUCGAUAGCUACCCUAUCCCUGGCCCGGAUGUCUGGGAUGGAACUAGCUCUGGUUCUUCUUCUUCUUCCUCGGCUGCUGCCUCCAUGGCCGCCACCUCCUCGACCUCCACCGUCGCCUCUACCCCCUCCACCAAGGCCGCCGUCGAGGUCUCCUCUUCCUCCUCUUCCUCCUCCACCGCCGCUGCUACCACCGCCGCCGCCCAGAUCACCACCCAGGCCAACACCCCCACCACUUUCGCCACCGUCAAGGCCACCUCCAAGGCGUCUGCCACCGCCUGCCGUGCCAAGUCCAAGGGCACCAAGUCCAAGUCCAAGGUUGUUUCUUCUGCUGCCGCUACUACUGCUCCUGUUGUUGCUACUACCGCUCCUGUCGUCGCUACUUCCAGCGUCGCCUCUGCUUCCGCUGCCUCUUCUUCCAGCGCCGGUGUUGCCAAGCUGUACGAGCGCUGCGGUGGUAUCGGUCACACUGGACCUACCACUUGUGAGAGCGGGGCUGUUUGCACGCACUACAACGAUUACUACUACCAGUGCACUGCUGCUCAGUAA